GAGAGGAGAGCGGGCGAGUUGAGGGAUUGACACAAAUGGUCAGGCGGCGGCGGCGGAGGAGGAGGCGGAGGCUCAGGGGGGAGCCGAGGCUGCUGGGUUGCCGAGAGUUGCGCGCUCUGCCCGGCAGCCGCCACUAGCGCGGCGCCGCUUGCCAGGAGCCAGCUAGCCGAGGGCCAGGAAGGCGGGACGCGACCCUCGGCGCGCCCGAGCCACCCGGGCUCUCCCCGCAGCCCCGCGCUUCAUGAAUCGCAAGUUUCCGCGGCGGCGGCGGCUGCGGGACGCGGAGCGGGAGCCGGGGGAGCGGGCCGAGCACGGCCCGGGCUCGACGGAGGGCACCGGCGGGGAGGAGAUCGCCCCGGCCGCAGGGGGAGCAGCCUCCAGCCGCGCCACAGCCAGCCUCAGCCGAGCGGCGCCAAGAAAGGAGCCGAGAAAGUAUGGCUGAGGAGGAGGCGCCUAAGAAGUCCCGAGCCGCCGGGGGCGGCGGCACGAGCUGGGAAGUUUGUGCCGGGGCGCUCCGCACUGUACCCGCGGCGGAGGGGAGCGGGGACGCGGGCAGCCGCCGCCGCCCCCGGGCUGACUCCCGGCGCUGGGCAAGCCGGUUACUACUACUGCUUUGGCUGCUGGAGGCUCCGCUGCUGCUGGGGGUCCGGGCCCAGGCGGCCGGCCAGGGGCCCGGGCCGGGGCAGCAGCCCCCGCCGCCUCAGCAACAGCAGAGCGGGCAGCAGUACAACGGCGAGCGGGGCAUCUCUAUACCGGACCACGGUUACUGCCAGCCCAUUUCCAUCCCGCUGUGCACCGACAUCGCGUACAAUCAGACCAUCAUGCCCAACCUGCUGGGCCACACGAACCAGGAGGACGCGGGCCUCGAGGUGCACCAGUUCUACCCGCUGGUGAAGGUGCAGUGCUCCGCCGAGCUCAAGUUUUUCCUGUGCUCCAUGUACGCGCCCGUGUGCACGGUGCUGGAGCAGGCGCUGCCGCCCUGCCGCUCGCUCUGCGAGCGCGCGCGCCAGGGCUGCGAGGCGCUCAUGAACAAGUUCGGCUUCCAGUGGCCCGACACGCUCAAGUGCGAGAAGUUCCCGGUGCACGGCGCCGGCGAGCUGUGCGUGGGCCAGAACACGUCGGACAAGGGCACCCCGACGCCCUCGCUGCUGCCCGAGUUCUGGACUAGCAACCCCCAGCACGGCGGCGGAGGGCACCGGGGCGGCGGCUUCGCGGGGGGCGCCGGCGCGUCGGAGCGAGGCAAGUUCUCGUGCCCGCGCGCCCUCAAGGUGCCCUCCUACCUCAACUACCACUUCCUGGGAGAGAAGGACUGCGGCGCCCCCUGCGAGCCGACCAAGGUGUACGGGCUCAUGUACUUCGGGCCGGAGGAGCUGCGCUUCUCGCGCACCUGGAUCGGCAUCUGGUCGGUGCUGUGCUGCGCCUCCACGCUCUUCACCGUGCUCACCUACCUGGUGGACAUGCGGCGCUUCAGCUACCCUGAGCGGCCCAUCAUCUUCCUGUCGGGCUGCUACACGGCGGUGGCCGUGGCCUACAUCGCCGGCUUCCUGCUGGAGGACCGCGUGGUGUGUAACGACAAGUUCACGGAGGACGGGGCGCGCACCGUGGCGCAGGGCACCAAGAAGGAGGGCUGCACCAUCCUCUUCAUGAUGCUCUACUUCUUCAGCAUGGCCAGCUCCAUCUGGUGGGUGAUCCUGUCGCUCACCUGGUUCCUGGCGGCCGGCAUGAAGUGGGGCCACGAGGCCAUCGAGGCGAACUCGCAGUAUUUUCACCUGGCCGCCUGGGCCGUGCCGGCCAUCAAGACCAUCACCAUCCUGGCGCUGGGCCAGGUGGACGGCGACGUGCUGAGCGGGGUGUGUUUCGUGGGGCUCAACAACGUGGACGCCCUGCGCGGCUUCGUGCUGGCGCCGCUCUUCGUGUACCUGUUCAUCGGCACGUCCUUCCUGCUGGCCGGCUUCGUGUCCCUCUUCCGCAUCCGCACUAUCAUGAAGCACGACGGCACCAAGACGGAAAAGCUGGAGAAGCUGAUGGUGCGCAUCGGCGUCUUCAGCGUGCUCUACACCGUGCCGGCCACCAUCGUCAUCGCCUGCUACUUCUACGAGCAGGCCUUCCGGGACCAGUGGGAGCGCAGCUGGGUGGCCCAGAGCUGCAAGAGCUACGCCAUCCCCUGCCCCCACCUCCAGGCGGGCGGCGCCCCGCCGCACCCGCCCAUGAGCCCCGACUUCACCGUCUUCAUGAUCAAGUACCUUAUGACCCUCAUCGUGGGCAUCACGUCAGGCUUCUGGAUCUGGUCUGGCAAGACCCUCAACUCCUGGAGGAAGUUCUACACGCGGCUUACCAACAGCAAACAGGGGGAGACCACCGUCUGAGACCCGGGACUCAGCCUGUCUCCAGCCCUCGGCCUGGUCCCGGCCACCCCUUGGCCCUAUGGAAUCGUGGCCAAGUCUGGCUACUCUCCCUAGCCAUUCACUGCUUUUAACAAGGCUCCUGCAAAAGCUUUUGUUCCCGGGGGCGCAGGGACCCGAGGGCCCAGGGACCCGAGGGCCCAACUGCCAGAGGCGGGGGGGAUGAACAGACCUUUCUUGCUCUGGUACCAGGACUGUACGCUUUUAUGACUUGUAAAUAGCCUGUGUAAGAUUUUUGUAAGUAUAUUUGUAUUUAAAUGACCGUUCACGCGUUUUUCUUUUACUCUCCUUGUUUGUUUGUUUAAUUUUAAUUAUUUCGGGCGGUUUGACCAUUUUUCCUUCUAGCCCUUUUCAGAGCAGCACAGAGAGAAAACCACAGCGCACCGCUGGGAGCUUCUGCGAGUGCUGGCGCGCCCCUCCCUGCAGCGGGUGGGGAGCGCCUGGGCCGCGCUUCCUGGGUCUCUUCCCCGCUCCGCUUUCUGCCCCCUCCCUCCCCUUCCUUGCUGGGGUCGGGACUCUUUCAGGUACCGAAAUCACAAAGCUUCCACAUCGGAAGGUGGGCCCCGGCCGAUCCCAAGUCUGCCCUUAUCCGGAGCCAGAUUGCCAAGACGGGCCCUUAGACUAUCCGAAGCUGAAAUUUUCACUGUCCAGAACUUCCCCGGCUUCUAGGAGGCCCACGGAUGUGGGCAGGGGCAGCCCCGGGCUCCUUGGCUCAGGCCUCCAAUGCCCAGACACUCCCUCCUUCCAACCAAGUUGGUUAGAGGGUGAGUGGGGUAACCAAUGCCAAACUUUUUUUAAGUCUCAUUUUUGGUGGAUGAGCUCAUUUCAUUCUCUAGCGUCUAAAACCUGGUAUGGGUUUGGCCAGCGUCAUGGAAAGAUGUGGUUACUGAGAUUUGGGGAAGAGGCAUGGAGCUUUGUGUGGGUUGGGAGAGACUGAAGAUAGGGUUAUAAAACGCUCAUUCUAAUUGUAUACGGAUGCCUGGCAAACUGCCUCUUAAGAUUGGGAGCACCCGUGUUUAGAUUUACCUUUAUGAAAAAUGGAAACAUUAGGUCACCUGGAAAGCUUUGUUAAGGAGCUGAUGAUCUUUGCUUUCCUUAACAGGAGAGCAGGACGGUAAACUGAAUAUGAAAACUUGAAGGAGAUUUCAGUGUAAUGGAUGUCCUCAAAAGGAAGUGGUACUUUCUUAUUUUCAAUCAAAUAAUAAUUAGACAUAUGUCAGAAACUUUAAAAUGUACAUUGUACACUUGUACAAUUGUAACAUAUUAUUAUGAUCACUAUUCAACAACACAUUCUGAGGGAGGAACAAUCCACAUCACUAAUAAUAACCUGGGAAGAUUCCAGGAAGUAAAGGAGGUGGAAUAAUUGAUGGGAUUAGCCACCGAAAUAAACAAAAUAUGGGCAUGCAUGCUAAAGGGAGAAUGUGUGCUGCAGGUCUACUGCACUAAAUCCUGUGUUCCUUUUUGGAUUUAUAGAACUGUGCCCAAUGUAAUCUUUCAAAGCCAUUGAAAAAUAUUCACUUUAAUUCUCUGUGAAAAAGAGGAGAAAAGCAAUCUUCCUGAUUGUAUUGUUUUAAACUUUUAAGAGUUUUAUCAAAAUGCCCGUACUUAGGACAUAAAUCUAUCUAUGUCUGUCAUACCCUAAAAUGACAAUGCUCGUUGAAUUUGGUAUGCAUUUAUUCUGUUCACUAUCACAAAAUCAUCUAUAUUUAUAGAGGAAUAGAAGUUUAUAUAUAUAUAUAUAUAUAAUACCAUAUUUUUAAUUUCACAAAUAAAAAAAAUCAAAGUUUUGUACAAAAUUCUAUGGUUUUUGCGCCUGAAAAUAACAGAGCUGGAACUGUCUGCACUAUGCACUAGCUGUCUUUACAUUUUAUAGUGUCUGUAGCCAAACCCACAGUAUAUAAAUUCAGGAAUUCAAUGAAAAAGUCUAUCUUUAAACCUUCAGACCAGUCUUUCCAAAAAAUUAACUGACUUCCAUUGUAGUGAUUGAUGAUGUGAGGUCCCUAGAAAAGAUCUAUUUCCAUGAUGGUAACAAUAUGACAGAAGUUUGCAAAUUAUUUCCUUACCUAGAGAAGAUUAUUAAAAAGAAAACUCUAAUUUUACUAUAGCUUUUUUUCUGUAAAGAAUAAAUUUACAUAACUUUCUGUAAUAUGGAGGUUGAUUUUUAAAUCAUCAACCAUCAUCUUUGUCACAAUUUUUAUGAGGUAUUAUCUUAUAUUUGGAUAUUCCAAAACCAUAAACAGGCAAUCAAUAAAUGGUUAACUGACUGUGUGUUUAUAAGCAUUUUAAGCAGCAGUUAGGUGGAUAAGGCUGUUUUGCUGUUUGUUUCUGAAGACCCAUUUUUAUAUUGUUCAAAGAACUUGCCCUAGAGGAAUUAUCUGGUUGGUUUACUCUUAGAAUUUAUAUAAAUGUAUAAUAUGUAGAGUGUAUAUAAGCAUAUAUCUAUGUCUAUGUAUAAAAUAUACACGCUAAUUUUUAUAAAUUAAAGAUACAAAGUUUACUUAUAUAUUUUACAGUAUGGAAAUAAGGUUAUGAGAAAAGGAGAAUGCCAGAUGGAAAGCCUCAAAUACCUUUGAAAAAUAAGACUCUUAUCCCUUUAUACACUAAAAAUACCUAUAUUAAAUUUUCCCAUGAAAACAUUUUGUGAUAAAAUGACAAGGGGCUGAAAUGAAGACCUUUAAUACAAUAGAGUUAGUUUCAUGGUUGUAAGGCAGUUGUCACAUAAGUCAUCAUCAUCAUUUUAAGGCAGAUGAAAAAAUUAAAUCUAACUGAAAAUAAGAACAUUCAAUUUUAAUCACCAAGGUGCAACUUUAUGUUUUUUUCUUUUGUUACAUUAAUCUAGUAUUAGGUGAUAUUGAAGAAGUUUUUAUUGUAUGAGCACACAAAAAAUAACAAUGCUUAGGCUAAAUUAAAAAUAUCUUCUCACUAGAUAAUUCAACAGAUAAUUUUUGGAAAAAAAUUUAAGAUUAUUAGUCUAUAUCCAAAUAAUAAAUAUAAAGCAUUCUUAUUAUGGAUGUCCUUAAAAUGAUGUAACUAUAAAUUUAAUGCAGACAGGUUUUAUAAUGCUAGCUUUAAGCAAUUUUAAAAGACAUUUUUAAGUCAUCACCAGGCUUUGUUUUUAGAAAACAACUUUUAAAUUGUGUAGCAUAUAAAAAAGCCAGUGUAUUCUUUUGUUUCUUGUAACAGUGAUGGCAAAAUAAGACUUGCCUGAAAAACCAUAAAGCUACUGGGAAUAUGGUCCCAUUAAUAUGCUGUUUCCAUGACAAACCCUAUUUUCAGAUUAUUUGGUUUGCCUAUUUUGUUUUUUUCAGCCAGCUAUCAAUUGGAGUCAAUUUCCCCCUUACGGUGUGUGUGCUUGCCUCAGCUUUUGUAGUAAAUCCAUGCAUAGUAUGAAAGCUUUCUAAUGCUCUGUUUUUUAAAAAAAGCCAGUUUUUACUUACAUUUUGUGGGGGGCAGAAAGUCAUAUUUGUAAUCUCAAAGCCAGUCAGUGUCAAACAUAUGCAAAACAGCUGGCCUGAAUUUUUCAGUCUGUCUGAGGCAGUCACUUGUUAGCCUGAGUUGGUCUUGGUUCUUUUGUCUCCUCAGAGCACUGAAGCCUUCCGCUUUAGUUGCAUCAUUCUCAAAGUCUAGCAGUGAACUAGGAAAGGAGACCACAGUGAAGAGUUGGUGGCCAAUUUAAAAAAAAAAAUGCCUAAACCACAAACCAUCUCAGGACUUGAGUGACUUCAGAUCACUUUCCAUGAUACCCUGUUUCAAUCCUGGUAUAUAUUUAUUUUUUUAAAGGAUGUCUUAUUUUCCGUGUGUAUUUGUGUUCAUCUUCAGCUGCUCUUGCUUUUAUUGCUUUCUCAUCCAUCUGUUGGCUGUAAGCCAGAUUUUUAUGUAAUGUACAUGCAAUUAAUUGAAACCAGUGUUAUGGCACUGGUUAGCUCUGAUACAUUUCUGAUUAUAAUGUUCUGUGUAACUGGGGCCUAAUAGAUAAUCAAAAUGUGAUCAUUACAUAUGUCUUGAGGUGGACACUAGUCAUAUUGUUAAUAAAUACUUCAUGGAAUAUAUUAAUACAAACAUAAAAGUCUUGCAGGAUUAAGCUGUAGAAAUCAAAAUAAGAUGUGGACUACAUAUAAGAGUUCCCCAGUUAGAUUACUAAAAAGGAACUGUGAUACAACCUUAAAUUCAAGACUUAUUUUAAGACCCUUACAUUUGAAAUGGGAUCUUACAAGGGAAGUGCCAAACAUGAUAAAGUUAAUUCUGGUGACUACUAGGAUUUAUAUCUAUAUUUGGAACUGUUGGCACAUACCUUUAGAAUUUGAGAAACAAGUCUUUGAGCUUCAUGAUUCAGAAUUCUGUAAAACUUAUGGGGCUUAAAUAUUUCUAUUCAGCUUGGUCAUAACUUUGACAAUAUGGAUAAAAUCAUAACUAUAGUGACAAAACAAAUUAUUGGUAACCUGGUGAUAAAAAGAGAGACUCCAGACUAAUUUUCUUAAGUUUUAUCAUGAUCUGUGGUGACAAGUGUCUCUACUCCAUUAUAGAAUCAAGUUCCUGUUUAAUAACAGUUCCAUUGGGGACUUUUGUUUAUAAGUUGGUUUGGGAGCCUAAUAAUGGAUCAAGUAAAAGGAUUUAUCACAGAAAUCUUUCUCAAGUAAUGGAUAGGAUCAAGUAUAAUCUAUAUAUUACAAUGAACAUAUAAUAAAUAUUCUGAAGGUUA